CGGGAUCGCGUCGGGCACAGGGUCGUCAUUGGACGUCCCCAGCCGAGCGCCAGGGCUUUGCUACCUGUAGCUAAGGCUCCGGAGCUCUGCAGCACGGCUCUCCAGAUUGCUGGUUCUCGCGAGAACGCAGCUCUCUUCUUGUCCGAGGCAGCUACAGCAGCUUAAGGAACGUCAUGGACGCUUUCGGGGACUAUGUCUGGCCGCGGGCGACCUCCGAGCUCAUACUCCUCCCGGUCACGGGUCUGGAGUGCGUUGGGGACAGGCUGCUGGCGGGUGAGGGGCCUGAUUUACUGGUGUACAACUUGGACUUUGGUGGGCAUCUCCGGAUGGUGAAACGAGUCCAGAACCUGCUUGGUCACUAUCUCAUCCAUGGGUUCCGAGUGCGACCAGAGCCCAAAGGAGACCUGGACUCUGAGGCCAUGAUAGCUGUGUUUGGGAGCAAGGGCCUCAGAGUUGUGAAAAUAAGCUGGGGUCAAAGCCAUCUCCGAGAGCUCUGGCGCUCUGGCCUGUGGAACAUGUCCGACUGGAUCUGGGAUGCGCGCUGGCUUGAGGGUAACAUAGCCCUGGCCUUGGGCCACAACUCAGUGGUGCUCUAUGACCCAGUGAUAGGGUGCAUGCUGCAGGAUGUCCCCUGCACAGACAGGUGCACCCUCUCCUCUGCCUGCCUGAUCGGAGACACCUGGAAGGAACUGACCAUAGUGGCAGGCGCCGUUUCCAACGAGCUCCUGGUGUGGUAUCCAGCAACUGCUUUACCAGACAACAAACCUGUGGCACCUGACCGGCGGGUUAGUGGACACGUGGGUGUCAUCUUUAGCAUGUCGUACCUGGAAAGCAAGGGCCUGCUGGCAACUGCCUCGGAGGAUCGAAGCGUUCGUAUCUGGAAAGUGGGCGACCUCCGGGUGCCUGGGGGUCGGGUUCAGAAUAUUGGCCACUGCUUUGGGCAUAGUGCCCGUGUGUGGCAGGUGAAGCUCUUAGAGAACUAUCUUAUCAGUGCCGGAGAGGACUGUGUCUGCUUGGUCUGGAGCCACGAAGGUGAGAUCCUUCAGGCCUUUCGCGGCCACCAGGGCCGCGGGAUCCGGGCUAUAGCUGCGCAUGAGAGGCAAACCUGGGUGAUCACUGGGGGAGACGACUCAGGCAUUCGGCUCUGGCACCUGGUAGGCCGAGGCUACCCAGGCCUGGGCGUCUCAUCUCUGAGCUUCAAAUCCCCUAGCCGGCCAGGUGCCCUCAAGGCUGUGACUCUGGCUGGUUCUUGGCGAGUGCUGGCAGUGACUGAUGUGGGGGGCCUGUACCUCUAUGACCUUGAGGUCAAGUGUUGGGAGCAGCUGUUGGAGGACAAUCGAUUUCAGUCUUACUGCCUGCUGGAGGCGGCUCCCGGCCCUGAGGGCUUUGGACUCUGUGCUUUGGCCAAUGGGGAGGGUCUCGUCAAGGUCGUUCCCAUCAACACCCCCACUGCUGCUGUUGACCAGAACCUGUUCCAGGGGAAGGUGCACAGCCUGAGCUGGGCCCUUCGUGGGUAUGAAGAGCUUCUGCUGUUGGCCUCGGGCCCUGGUGGGGUAGUAGCUUGCUUGGAGAUCUCGGCUGCACCCACUGGCAAAGCUAUCUUUGUCAAGGAACGGUGCCGGUAUCUACUUCCCCCAAGCAAGCAGAGAUGGCACACGUGUAGUGAGUUCCUACCCCCGGGUGACUUCCUUGUCUGUGGGGACCGCCGUGGCUCUGUGCUGCUAUUUCCUGCCAGACCAUGUCUGUUCAAAAAACCCGGGGUGGGACCCAAGGCUAUCACGGCAGCUGAGGCACCCCAAGACGGUAGCAGCAGCGGUGGGUCUGAGAGCGUCGUGACAGGAUUAGGCCCGGUCUCUACACUGCAUUCCCUGCAUGGGAAACAGGGUGUGACCUCAGUUACCUGCCACGGUGGCUACGUAUACAGCACAGGGCGUGAUGGCUCCUACUUCCAGCUCUUUGUUCAUGGUGGCCGCCUCCAGCCAGUCCUAAGGCAGAAAGCCUGCCGAGGCAUGAACUGGAUAGCUGGGCUUCGGAUGGUGCCCGAUGGAAGUAUGGUCAUCUUGGGUUUCCAUGCCAACGAGUUUGUAGUGUGGAGCCCCCGGUCCCAUGAGAAGCUGCACAUCGUCAACUGCGGUGGAGGGCACCGCUCCUGGGCCUUUUCUGAUACUGAAGCAGCCAUGGCCUUUGCCUACCUUAAGGAUGGUGAUGUCAUGCUCUAUCGGGCUCUAGGAGGCUGCAUCAGGCCAAACGUGAUUCUCCGGGAGAGUCUGCAUGGCCGGGAAAUCACAUGUGUAAAGCGUGUGGGCACUGUUACCCUGGGCCCUGAAUUUGAGGUACCCAACUUGGAGCAACCUGACUCCCUGGAGCCUGGCAGUGAGGGGCCUGGUCUGAUUGACAUCGUGAUAACAGGCAGUGAGGACACUACUGUCUGUGUCCUAGCACUUCCCACCACUACAGGCUCAGCCCACGCCCUCACUGCUGUCUGUAACCAUAUCUCCUCCGUGCGAGCCCUGGCAGUGUGGGGUGUUGGCACCCCAGGUGGCCCACAGGAUUCUCACCCAGGGCUCACGGCUCAGGUAGUGUCUGCCGGGGGUCGAGCCGAGAUGCAUUGCUUCAGCCUCAUGAUCACUCCGGAUGCCAGCACCCCAAGCCGCCUUGCCUGCCACAUCAUGCACCUUUCAUCCCACCGGCUAGAUGAGUACUGGGACCGGCAGCGCAACCGGCACCGGAUGAUCAAGGUGGACCCUGAGACCAGGUACAUGUCUCUUGCCAUUUGUGAGCUCGACUCCGAUAGGCCUGGCCUUGGCCCCGGCCCCCUUGUGGCUGCAGCCUGUAGUGACGGGGCAGUGAGGCUUUUUCUCUUGCAGGACUCUGGGCGAAUUCUGCAUCUCCUUGCUGAGACUUUCCACCAUAAGCGGUGUGUCCUCAAAGUCCAUUCGUUCACACACGAGGCUCCUAACCAGCGUCGGAGGCUGAUCCUGUGCAGUGCAGCUACAGAUGGCAGCAUAGCCUUCUGGGAUCUCACCACGGCACUGGACCGAGGCUCUACUACCCUGGAGCCUCCAGCACACCCUGGGCUUCCCUACCAGAUGGGCACCCCCUGCGUGACCGUCCAGGCCCAUAGCUGUGGUGUCAACAGCCUGCACACUCUGCCUACUCCUGAGGGCCAUCAUCUUGUGGCCAGUGGCAGUGAGGACGGGUCCCUGCAUGUCUUCACGCUUGCCGUGAAGAUGCCGGAGCUGGAAGAGGCUGAUGGGGAGGCUGGUGGGGAGGCUGGUGGGGAGGCUGGUGGGGAGGCUGGUGGGGAGGCUGAGUUGGUGCCCCAGUUAUGUGUCCUAGAUGAAUACUCUGUCCCCUGUGCACACGCUGCCCAUGUGACAGGCAUCAAGAUCCUAAGUCCCAAACUGAUGGUCUCAGCCUCCAUAGACCAACGGCUGACCUUCUGGCGUCUGGGAAAUGGUGAGCCCACCUUCAUGAACAGCACGGUGUACCACGUGCCAGAUGUGGCGGACAUGGACUGCUGGCCUGUGAACCCUGAGUUUGGCCACCGCUGUGCUCUCGCGGGUCAGGGACUCGAGGUUUACAACUGGUAUGACUGAGUUACCCCAGUGGUUGGAGGACUGAGCCUGGGGCUUGACUACAGACCGCGGAGCAGGGAUCAGCUGUCUGUGUCAUGCUCUAUGUGCUCUGAGGAGGUGAGGCAGUACCAUGGGUUCCUGUAGGGUGUUGCAUAGGUGGACCAAGAAUAUGCCUCACUCUUCACAAUAGGAUGAAACUGUAUUUAUUCUGACUUUAAGUGCCCAACAUCUGUGAGGUUUCUGUGAGGUCUUGUUGUUUUCCCAGUUGAUGCUUUUAUAAACAUUCCCAGCUAUUGGGCCCUUAGAUGUGGCUCAGCGGAGGGAGGCCCAGCAUGGCCAAGCCUGUGUGGAACACCUCACGUACUGCCCUCAAAAGCUGUAGGCGAGCAAACAUCUGACCAAAGAGGUGUGGCCGAGGUUCCUGAAAGAAAAGCAACCAGGCCCAUCCUCAUUUCCCGAGCCCGAGCCCUUGUCCACAUUUCCCACAGACCCUCCCUUGCUGUAUGCUCACCCCUAGAAUGUGUACGCGGUUAUAGUAUGAGCUGAAAUCCAUGCUGAGCUGCACCAGGAACUUGCACACCUAGAGACAGAGGUUGAAUCAUUGAGCUGUUGUCUUUUUUCUUGUGUCACAACCCAGAAUAAAGAAUAGUGUGUGUAGUGUC